CCUCCUUUUCCUAUACCUACGUCCUCUCGUUCCUCUUAUAAGCCAAACCUCAAUCCCCAAUUCAUAUUAUUAUUAUUAUUAUUAUAUUAUAUAUAUUCUUAUUUAAUUAAACCUUCUGCCGCACCUUCUCUUCUUCUUCAUUCUUCCAUGUCAAGGUCAUACGAAGUUGAUUGAUUGAUUCACUUGGAAGCCUAAAGCUAUGUCGUCGUCUUAUCCGUCGUCCUCGAUGCGAGCGACGUCGAUUAAUUCCAACAACAGGACUGCCGGACACAUGUUUUCGAACCCUGCUGAGCUACUUGAUAACAUCUCGUUUUCGCCUGCUUCGGAAAUGCAUUCUAUGCCGUUUCCUCAAGAAAGUGAUGCUGUUUCCUGGGGGACGGAGCUGUUUGACGAUAUGCUUCCGUUUUCGGAUAAUGUUCCCAUCCAGAAUGAUCAUGUGGGAUACAGUGGUGGUUCGGAUGUCUUGGGUGGGAAUGCUAAACCGACGGAGUUUAAGGAGUGGGUUGAUCAGUUGAUGUCGGUUGAUGAUGAUGAUUCUCUUAAUCCUAAUUGGAAUGAACUUCUCGGUGAUAAUAAUAUGGCAGAACCAUUAGCAAAGGAGAAUCAAUUUUCACUGCAGGAGGCUCAAGUUUCGCUGCAGCAGUAUGUAACAUCUAAUGAAGUUUCACUGCAGGAGAAUCAAGUUUUACCGCAGGAGAAUCAAGUUUCACUGCAGCAGUAUCUUCCUAAUUCUUCUGGAUCGACUACAUCACAAUCUAAGCCUAGAAUGCGUUGGACUCCCGAACUUCACGAGGCCUUUGUGGAAGCAGUCAAUCAGCUUGGUGGUAGUGAGAAGGCUACGCCAAAGGGUGUCUUGAACCUGAUGAAAGUUGAGGGCCUUACCAUUUAUCAUGUGAAAAGCCACCUGCAGAAAUAUAGAACUGCCAGAUACAAACCGGAAGCAUCAGAAGGAAUUCCAGAGAAGUUGACUUCGAUUGAAGAAAUGCCGCCUAUAGACUUAAAAACGCCUAAGGGCAUUACCGAAGCAUUGCGGUUACAGAUGGAACUCCAGAAGCGGCUUCAUGAACAACUUGAGAUUCAAAGAAAUCUACAGAUUCAAAUUGAGAACCAAGGCAAGCAUCUACAGAUGAUGUUUGAGCAACAGCUCAAGUCGAGCGAGCCUUCUGCUCCGUCAUCUAGCGCCGCACUACCUUCUCCAGUUGAAAAUUUAGAAAACUCAAAUGAGGGUCAUGAAAAGAUUGGAAUCAACUGUAGCACUCCAGACACAUGCGCGGAGCAAAAGGCAGAUGAUGCUAAAGUUACCGAUGAACUUGACCAGUUAUCCGCACCACCCACAAAACGAGCGAAGACUGACUAGUUGAGUAAAGAAGAAUAAAUUUAGACCUUGUGAAGGCAUCUAGUGUUUCUGCUUUUACAGAUAACAUACUGGAAUUUCCUUUUUGCUUUUGACCAUGACUUACUUGAUCAGUGAUUUGGUUUUGGUUUCACGGUAUCUAUUUCUUGUCCUUGAUUUAGUUUAGGGUAUAACUUGCAUUGGGAAACUUGACAGUAUCUAGAUAUUUGUUGUAUAUUAAUGGAAUGUUUAGACACUGGAGCACCUAGAAACAUUGUUGGCUCCCGAGAUGUUUCAACCAUAUUACUAGUGUUUAAUAAGUUAUGGGAGUUGCCAUUUGCAUUCCCUUUUUGCCCAUUA